GCCAUUUCUGAGCCAGCAGUUGGGAAAAUGUGAGCCGAUUUGCUGCUGCUGCAGAGAGGACAGCUGAGACUGUGUUCCUGGGAGAGCAGAUUAACUUCGCCACAGUGGACUCAGGCGACCGAACAAGCCAAAAUGGACGAUAAUAUGGAUUCAAAAUCCAUUCUAGAAGAACUUCUUCUCAAAAGAUCACAGCAAAAGAAGAAAAUGUCACCAAAUAAUUACAAAGAGCGGCUUUUUGUUUUGACCAAAACAAACCUUUCCUACUAUGAGUAUGACAAAAUGAAAAGAGGGAGUAGAAAAGGCUCAAUUGAAAUCAAGAAAAUCAGAUGUGUGGAGAAAGUCAAUCUCGAGGAGCAGACACCUGUGGAGAGACAGUACCCAUUUCAGAUCGUCUAUAAAGAUGGACUUCUCUAUGUCUACGCAUCAAAUGAAGAGAGCAGAAGUCAGUGGUUGAAAGCAUUACAAAAAGAGAUAAGGGGCAACCCCCACCUGCUGAUCAAGUACCACAGUGGGUUCUUCGUGGACGGGAAGUUCCUGUGCUGCCAGCAGAGUUGCAAAGCGGCCCCAGGAUGUACCCUCUGGGAAGCAUAUGCUGAUCUGCAUAUUGCCACCAAUGAAGAGAAACACAGAGCUCCCUCUUUCCCAGACAGGGUGCUAAAGAUUCCUCGGGCCGUUCCUAUUCUCAAAAUGGAUGCACCAUCUUCAAGUAUUACUCUACCUCAAUCUGACGGUGACACAAAGAAAAACUACAGUUCCCAGACAAAUGUCAACAUGCGGUAUAUUCCAAGGGAAGACUGCCCUGACUGGUGGCAAGUAAGAAAACUGAAAAGCAAAUGCCUCACUGUACCAAUGAUACAGCCACAGGGCCUUAUGGAAUUUGAGAAAAUCAGUGAAGAUGUUGCAUGCAGUAAUCAGUUGAAAAGAAAUAUUGUAAAUCACAGCACCUCAAAGAUAUCAUGGGGGUUCCCUGAGUCAAGUUCAUCUGAAGAAGAGGAAAACCUGGAUGAUUAUGACUGGUUUGCAGGUAACAUCUCCAGGUCACAAUCUGAGCAGUUACUGAGACAAAAGGGAAAAGAAGGCGCAUUUAUGGUUAGAAAUUCCAGCCAGGUGGGAAUGUACACAGUGUCCUUAUUUAGUAAGGCUGUGAAUGAUAAAAAAGGAACUGUCAAACAUUACCAUGUGCAUACAAAUGCUGAAAAUAAAUUAUACCUGGCAGAAAACUACUGUUUUGAUUCCAUACCAAAGCUCAUUCAUUAUCAUCAACACAAUUCAGCAGGCAUGAUCACACGGCUCCGCCACCCUGUGUCAACUAAGGCCAACAAGGUCCCAGUCUCUGUGUCCCUGGGAAGUGGAAUCUGGGAACUGAAAAGAGAGGAGAUUACCCUGUUGAAGGAGCUGGGAAGUGGCCAGUUUGGUGUGGUCCAGUUGGGCAAGUGGAAGGGGCAGUACGACGUUGCUGUUAAGAUGAUCAAGGAGGGAUCCAUGUCAGAAGAUGAAUUCUUUCAGGAGGCCCAGACCAUGAUGAAACUCAAUCAUCCCAAACUGGUUAAAUUCUAUGGAGUGUGUUCAAAGAAAUACCCCAUAUACAUAGUGACUGAAUAUAUAACCAACGGCUGCUUGCUUAAUUAUCUGAAGAGUCAUGGAAAAGAACUAGAACCUUCCCAGCUCUUAGAAAUGUGCUAUGAUGUCUGUGAAGGCAUGGCUUUCUUGGAGAGUCACCAAUUCAUACACCGGGACUUGGCUGCUCGGAACUGCUUGGUGGACAGCGACCUCUCUGUGAAAGUCUCUGAUUUUGGAAUGACAAGGUAUGUUCUCGAUGACCAGUACGUCAGCUCAGUAGGAACAAAGUUUCCAGUCAAGUGGUCAGCCCCAGAGGUGUUUCACUACUUCAAAUACAGCAGCAAGUCAGACGUAUGGGCAUUCGGGAUCCUGAUGUGGGAGGUGUUCACCCUGGGGAAGCAGCCCUAUGACUUGUAUGACAACUCCCAGGUGGUCGUGAAGGUCUCCCAGGGCCACAGGCUCUACCAGCCACAACUGGCAUCGGACACCAUCUACCAGAUCAUGUACAGCUGCUGGCACGAGCUCCCAGAAAAGCGCCCCACAUUUCAGCAACUCCUAUCUUCCAUUGAACCACUUCGGGAAAAAGACAAGCCUUGAAGAAAUUAGAAGUGCUGAUGAGAAUUAAUGAAGAGAAGGAACAAGUGACACAACCCUUCCUUCUCCAUGAGCUGGCAGUGGGAACCUGCAUCGCAGACUGUUAAUCUUUCUUUCUGGUCUCCCUCUUGAAGAUUGUUUUCCUUUAUUGUCCUUAUUUUUGUGUAUUUGAUCUUUUAAAAAUAAUCUGCUUUAUAACAAAAGUAGUACAUGCUUGUUGCAAAAUUCAAACAAUACAGAAUUGUUUACUAUGAAAAGAGACCAAAGCCUUGCUUAGAAACCUGACUCCUGAAACCAAGUCAAGCAAGAAUUUAAGGUGCCACUAGAGGCUUAUCAGAAAAUAAGUCCAGAAAGAGCAAAAAACAAAAAAAUGACAUCAACAAAAAACCCUCAUAUUUAAAAAAAAAUGCAUAAUGGCUUUUAAAAUGUGAUUUCAUUGUAUUUUGUGGCAAUAGGCAGCAUUCAUGGUUAUAAUUUUAAACAGAAGUCUGCCCACACUCUCUCUGGGGAGUGAAGAAAAAGGCAGACUUAUGUGACAAGAAACUUCCCCAAAGGGCAAGUCGGAGAGCAAUUUCAGAUACGGCAUUUUCUAGAUGAAGUCCAAAACUCUUGCUGAACUUUUUAUGAUCUGCCCAAAGUUAAACACAAAGUCAAGAGAGUCUAGCAAAAUCCAUAUCAUAUCUGCUUAAGUUAAUUAAGAGAAAGAUUCUAACAUAGUAGAUUUAUAAAGUUGAGUUUCUCAAUUUUGAUUCUGACUUUGAUUCUUAGGUGUAUGAGGAGGAGAGAUUGGACCUAAGGUCCCAUCUUUACUAAUGGGGAAGGCAUGGAUUUCAAAUGAGGGAGAAUAAUUCACUGACAGACAUCAGGGGAUAGGAAGGUAGCAUCUGCCCUUUCUGCCUUGACGACUGCUCUUACCAACUCCACCCCAUAAGAAAUAAUUAAAUUCCCAGGAAUUCACUUAGUGAAUGGCUUCAGAUUCUAUAAACAAAUGCUCCUCCUGUCUCUGAACUCCACAAUGGCUCAUUCAUAAUUUCAUUUAACCUUUGCUUUCUUAGUUGGAAAAUUUGCCUGCAAAAAGGCUCUGUGAGCUAGGCAUGGUGGCGCAUGCCUGUAAUCUCAGGGACUCAGGAGGCUGAGGCAGAAGGACCACAAGUGUGAGAGCAGCCUCAGCAGGCUGUGGGCCCAAGGAAUGGCAUGAUGGUGAGGUCAAGGA